AUGCCUCACAAACACAAAAGGCGUGGAAAUGACGCCAGCACCUACGACCUCCCCCCCACCCAGAUCGCAAAAUCUCUCCCCGUCCGCGAUCCCAACGCUGUAAAGACCAAAGCCAAAAAGCACACAAAACCCAAACCACCCCCCAAGGCAACCGCCAAACAACCCGAAUCCCGUCCCAAGAAAGCCCUCGAAGAUGAUACGCCCCGAGCCUUUCGUCGCCUGAUGCAAUUCCAGCAGGCGAGGCAACAACCCUCUCAACCCUCCAAACCCGACGAACCCAAGAACAAAAAGCGGAAGCGCGAUGCGGGCGAUGCGUCGAACGCAAAGAAGAAGAAAUCCACCGCCGCCUCUAACGAUGCUCCGGCCCCUGCCCCUGCUCCCGCACCGGCCGAGCCCAAGUCGACGCUUUCGAUCCUCCCCGGUGAGAAAUUGUCCGAUUUCGCGGCCCGUGUCGAUCGCGAGAUGCCCUUGUCUGCUAUGAAGAAGUCGGGUAAGGUGAAUGACCCGAAUAUGCCCAAGAUCCGCGAAGAGCGACGGACGAAGCACGAGAAGCACCUGCGCCGGCUGCAGCGAAUGUGGCGUGAAGACGACAAGAAGAUCCGGGAACGCGAGGCUGCGGAGCGGGAAGAGCGACAGGACGAAAUGGAGGACCAGCUGGAGCUGUGGAAGGAGUGGGAGACAGAGGCUGCACAGGCCAGAGCGAAGAAGAAGGGAGGCGCUAAGAAGGGUGAUGCUGGCGUCAAAGAAAGGGAUCCGUGGGCCAAGUUGAACAAGAAAGAGCGUGCCAACAAACAGACCAAUCCGUUUGAUGUCGUCCAGGCACCGCCGGAAUUGAAGAAGCCCAAGGCGCCUUUCAAGGUCCACGGCGGUGCUAAAAUCGAUGUCGCCAACGUGCCAACUGCGGUGGGAAGUUUGCGACGAAGAGAAGAGCUUGCGGAUGAGAGAAGGAAUAUUGUCGAGGAGUAUAGACGAUUGAUGGCCGAGAAGCGGCAAUGA